UUCACGCACUUCCGUUCUGCUUGUGUUCAAGAAAAUUUAUACUAAAACAGUGUUUUUGUCCAGGGCUUGUGUGUUCAUCUGUCCAAAUAUUGUAUGUAUAGAAAUUGUAAAAGAUGGCUAAAGCAUCGGAAAUCACUGUGUCUCCUGUUAUGCAAGUUAUCCGUGUCAGUUUGAUCUUGUUUAACAUCAUGUUUUGGAUAACUGGAUUUUGUUUGUUUGUUAUCGGUAUAUGGGCUACUGUGGAACUGAAUAAAUAUGAAGAGUUCCCUCGUCCAAACGACUUUGAUGCUGUUUCCAUUGUUCUUAUUAUAAUUGGUCUUGUAAUAGCAUGCAUUGGUAUAUGUGGUUGUUAUGGAGCUAUGAAGAAGAAUACUUUUGUACUCAAGAUGUUUGCUUUCUUUCUUGGUGUGAUUAUUGUGUGUGAAAUCUCUGUGGCCAUUGCAGGAUAUGCCUAUCGUACGAAGAUAAAAAGCGCAUUGUCUCGUGGUUUAAAUCAUACAAUGAAAGCUUACAAAGGAAAUAGCAUUGUUAGAGCCGCCUGGAACAAAAUGCAACGAGAAUUUGAUUGUUGUGGAGACGCAAACUACACUGACUGGUUCAAAAUCGAAUUGCAGCCAUCACCAGAUAACUUCUCAUCCGUACCAGAAAGUUGCUGUAAACAUGAGGCAAAAAAUUGCGGUGGUCACGAAAACGUCAGAAAUGCAACUGAAGCUAAAAAUUAUAUCUAUACAGAGGGAUGCUAUGACCAUAUCACUGACUAUUUCCGAAAGAGAUUUUCUGUUUUGGCUUCUGGUGCCCUGUCUAUAGCUAUAAUUCAGUUCUUUUCCAUCGCCUGCGCUGGAUGUUUCUGGAACCACGUUCAAAAUAAAUCGAAAUAUGAACUUGUAUGAGAAAGAAUGCUUCCAGUAUUGGACUGUAGGUUCAAACGGUUAUUGUUUACAGGAUAAGUGAUUGUAAAUCUUAUAUUUUAUUUGUAGGAUAGCGCUGCUAUGAAAGUAAAUAAGACUUUAUAUACGAAAA